CGUAUACUUAACGCGAUUGUUGAAAAUGAAAGAUCGUGGUAUGCUCAAUCGAAAGAUGCUUUUCUUAUUUACGAAUUUUCAUCUUUCAUUAAUCGAUUUAAAUAUUCUUAUCAAAAUGCGAUAGAUCAAGUAUCUGUAUUUCCAAGAUCUAAGGAAUAUGAGUAUCAGAAUAUUGAAAAGAGACGUUUGAAAAAUAUGCCACAAGACAAAUUUCUUAAUGGAUUUCAAUGUAGUGCGAAAAAAAAAGAUGAAAAUAAAAUAUCAAGAUCCGAUGAGGAGCCACGUUACAUUUUGAAGUUGCCAUUUUGGUGUAAAGACAAAAGCAAAAAGAAAUCGAAAUCCCCUGUUGAAUCUAUCAAUUGUUAUGGAUGUAAUCGAUCGAAAUACAAUGAACAAGGAUUUGAUCAUGUCAAUCACAAUAUUCAGACUUUAGAAAAAGAUGCCGAAAGUAUUGUCAACUAUCGAACAAAAGUAUUCAAUCCUACCAUAUGUCCUAUUGGAGAUGUUUGUGAUUGUACUGGAAAAAAAUCAGAUGUAGAAAAAGAAACUAGAUGGCAAGCACUUUACGAGCUAACUCAAUUUCCAACAACGGAUACGAAACGAAACGAGGAAUUUCGAAUGCUUACAAAGCCUUAUCUUCACGAAUUAAAUACAUGGUAUGCUAAAAAUGUACCAACGAAACUUCAUUCGCCAAUUCGAUGGACAGGAAAACGACCAAUACCGGAAUGGCGAUUUUCGCACAUGUGAAUUAAAUUAUCUUGCGUAUAUACACACGUGUGCAUAUCGAUUCUUCUCUUUAACAUUACUAAAAAUAAAAAAAGAAGAAAGACGUUGAAAUGAACCAACGAUCGAAACUAUCCUAAA